UGAAGGACUGCCCGUGGGUCAAUUUGGUGCCUCCUAAGCCCCCACCGGCGUGCCGUGCCAGUGCAGUGCGGUGCUCUCUGCCUUGGCCUCCGCGAGUCUUGUUGGAAAUCCCGCCGCAUACUAGUAGCAUCAACGCAAGCAACUCCGACGUGCUACUACCUGACUACACCUGUACUCCUGAGACAUUCGCAUCACAUCAGACAUUCAACCAGCUGCUGCUUCCACCACACAGCCUCUUCAUCCAUUGCUUCACACUCUCGUUCUUUCAGCUUCGAUCCCUCCAAGUUCCCCUGCACCGAGCUGCCCACGAAUCCUCUUCUUUAUCAAGCCCGUUUGGCUCCCUACUCCGGCCACCACCAGCAGCGCAUCCCUUGCUUGGCUGCUUGUCGUCCCUCUCUUGGCUUGGCGGGUUCUGUUCUUUUAUUGAAGACACAGUCGUUUGGACAGGGCCUCAUUCGUCUGGCUACCUUGUCUCUCUGUCACAAUCGUUUCUAUCGUCGACAAGCUGGCAUCACCCAAGAUGUGGUCCACCGCCGCUUCUUGGGUUGCGCUCCUUGCGCUGACUGCUGCUCUUACAAGAUACUAUAACCCAGAACUGUUCAACAAGCUUACAGGACAGUCACACACCAAAUCAGACGCAAAAGACGUCGCACAGAAACCGGCUGCCAAACGCCAGAAAACCAAGCGGCUGCAUACCAGUCGGCUCGACUCCACCAACAGCGGUACUUCGACCCCCACAAGUGCCACAGAAGGAAAAGCCAUCAAGAGAAGGAAACUGGUCUCUUCACCAGUCGAUGACACAGUCGUUGCUCAGACUGCACAGGGUGAUCACGUCAGUCUGCCCCGAGACGAAGAUGGUGGGAUGAGUAACAAGGAGUUCGCUCAACAACUGGCCAAAGCCCAAACUGGCACAAAGUUGGAGGCCUCACACUCCCAAGGGCCAAACAAAAAAGAACGACGCGCUGCUCAAUCAAGGCAACAAGGAAAACAACCCGACCUGGGAGUUUCUGGUCCUUCUCAGGAUGAGUCCUCCGCUGCCGAACAUGAUGCAGACCAUGACACUGCCCCAGCUGGGUCUCCUGCGACCGGUUCUGUCUCGACGGGACCUGCUGCCCGCGCAGGCGAUGUGACGGACAUGUUGGAGGCACCUGCUGCCAAACCUACCACCUUGAGGUUGACAGAUGUCAAGGAAAGCAAAACCAAGAAUGCUCUCAAAUCGGUCCAAAAAGCAUUCGAACCGGUCUUGUCCAAGAAACAGAGGCAACGACAAGCCAAGGCAGCUGAACAGAAGGCGAUGAGGGAAGAAGCCGACCGUGUGCACGAGGCUAAAAAGCAACAACAACUUCGAACGGCGAGACUAGCAGAUGGUACAUCCAACCAGACGAAAGCUAGUUCUUUUGCAGCAAAACAAAACGCAUGGCAGACUGGCCCGACAAAAUCACCCGCUCCAGUGCAUGAGCAGCCACGUACAGGGCCAGCGCCACUUCUGGACACCUUCGAUGCAGGAGCUACGGGUGCCAGCAAACCCAGUGUUCACGAAGCAGUCACUUCUGAUCCGCAACCGGAUGCUACUACUUCGACGCCGGAAGCAGCCACUACAAAUGCUGGCCAACGUGCAGGUGACGAGCACAAAGCCAUUGGUCCGGCCGCAUCGAAUAUGGACAAGGCAUCCCGACCCGCAUUACAAGCUCAACCGAGCUGGGCCGAUGAGGUCAACGAGGAAGAGCAGGAUAGGUGGGUAAGCGAACUUGCCCAAGAAGAAAGGUGGGAGUCGGUCACUUCGAAGAAAGGGAAAAAGAAAGGCAGGAAGGACAAUGAUACCAGCAGUGAGGCCAGCUCUACAUUUGCUCGACCACCGGCACCAGUCAGUAAGCCAGUAACGAACGGCAGCAAGGAAAAUGGAGCAAACCCACGAAGAGAGAACGUGAACCGGUUUCAGUACAUCGAACCGGUUACCGAUCCGUCAUUCCAGGAUGCCGAAUGGGAAGCUUAGCAAAACCGUCAUGGGCACACACGUGUGGCGUCAGUUGAACGCGUUCAUCAGAUGGAAGGAUGUCUGGAACCGGCACCGCCGUCUUCCAGACGCAUCUCUAUAUGACAGAGCUGUGCUGCGCUUGAUUCAGAUCAGGACAUGUUCGGCAUUUGUAUUCUUAAUGGGACGGCUGGGAUAUCCAUCAAUCCACCAGGUUCAAGUUCAGGGCAGGAAAGCAAGGUGUCAGAACAAGGACUCAAUGCUUUCGACUUUGUGUUAGAUCACAGUGUUCGCGUAGACAAAGCAAUGUGUUUGAGAAAAUGGUAAAGUGAUUCUACACAAUUACUACAUUCGGGCAGCAAUAUCUACGUCAGCAUCGAGAAAUCUUGUCCUGCCGACGGGUACCUGUUCAGGGGAAUCGAGCAGCAGCAACACAUGCCGAUACUACUAGUAUUUAAUAAAGAGGACGUAGAGGACAGAGGCUGAGAUGUGGUGUCUGUCCUUGCUCCCUAGGUAGGUAAGCUGACAGGUGAGAAGAGAGGACCUUGAUGUGCUACGUCCU